CACGUUUUAAAAAAAUAGUAGAUUUUAUUGGGAAAUUGGGUGAAUUUAACAGUGUAAUACAUCGAUAACUGUUUGUUUUGAUUUUUUCAUUCGACAUAACGUUUGAGUUUCUUUACAGUCCUGCCUGAACGUGUUAAGCAAGUAGGUUUGGUACUCGGUUUUUCAUCCUCUUCUGCUCUAGUAGUGGUUAGUGGGAGGGGUUAAUUAAUUGCAGUGAUAUCUUCUUUGUCUUGUUGCGCUUCGUAGAAGGCUGGCUUUAUUCUAUCAAUAGCGAUAGUCUCCUUCUUUCCGCACUUGUUGAUUAUAAAGUGUUUACUUGUUCUUUUGAUUACUUGAUGUGGUCCCUCGUAAGGUUGUUUUAGUGGCUUUUUAACAGCGUCAACUCGAACGAAGAUAAAUUUGCAUGUUUCUAGGUUUUUUGUCGAAUUGUAUUCGAUUAUUAUUAUCAUCUGAAUGUAAUGAGUUGAGGGGAUUCACUGGGGGACCAAACAAUAUAUGAACUCAAAAAUGAUAACAGAGUUAUUAAGUACAAAUAGUAAUGUUAAUAUAUAUCAGUUAAAUGUUAUAAACACAACAAAAAUUAGAGACGUUACAAUUAUCUGGUGAGCCUCGAGUGUAUUAUGGUCGUUGUAUUGCUUACAUUUUUACUUGACACACUAGUUUGUUUUUCACAUUAUGCACUCCCCAAAUACACUUAUUAAUACCGAUUGUCUUCCAGUGAAUCCCCUCAACUCAUCACAUUCAGAUGAUAACAUUUUAAGCUCAGUUAAUGCUAUUUCCGAGUUCAGACUACCGGCAUACAGUGCCAACAACCCCAGGAUCUGGUUCGCGCACGUAGAAGCCUUAUUCCUAGCGAGAGGCAUACGCUCCCAGGCGACCAAAUAUGCCUGUUGUCGGCGCACUUCCCAUCGAAAUCGCUACGGAAGUCGGGGAUUUGAUCGACCAUGUACCAGAGACUGAUCCUUAUGACAAAACGAAAGCUGCCGUAAUCUAACGUACAUCACUCUCUGAUGAAAAACGACUACAGCAACUGCUCACAUCAUGCGAACUACGGGACAAGAGACCUUUGCAGUUGCUACGACAUAAGAAACAGUUAGCGAGUUCAUAUAAAUUAGAUGAAGCAUUACUUAAACAAAUGUGGUUCCAACGAUUACCACAUAACGUGAGAGACUCUUAGUGUGUCGGGAGGUUCCGUCAAUCUAGAAGACCUAGCAGAUAUGGCGGACAAGAUGAUGGAGAUCUGCCCUGACAGUCAUUGCCUAAAUGCGAUAAAAACUUUUGGUAAAGACGAUACGAACACCACAUUCAACAUUCAACAGCAGUUAACGCAGUUAGCGUCACUGCAGGCGACUAUAGCAACGAUUCAGUCCCGACCUACUAGAUCCACAUCCAGAAAACGAUCAGUGUCCAGACAGCGCCCUAGGUCACCCAAGCGGGCAGCUGGUAUUUGUUGGUAUCAUUUGAAGUAUGGUGAGAAAGCACGUCGUUGCAACCAACCGUGAAACUUUACAACAAACAAGCAAGAAAACCAGAGUAACCGGCCGGCCAGACAGUAAUGACGGCGUCUGUUACUGGCCAACACGCUAGCCGCCUUUUUCACAUCAGGGACCGUAUUUCUGGCUCAGACUUUUUAGUCGACACAGGAGCAGAAAUCAGCAUCGUCCCACUUCACCUCUCAUGACGACAACAAACGACACGUACCAAACUGUCUCUUAUCGCGGCUAACAACACAGUCAUUAGAACUUACGGUGAACAAUCCCUCAUAUUAGAUCCCAGACUCCGUAGAAGAUUUACGUGCGUUUUUAUAGUCGCCCAAGUCAAGCAACAAAUUCUCGGGGCCGAUUUCCUCAGCGCCUAUAGUUUACUAGUUGAUAUGAGCAAAAGGAAGUUGAUCGACGAGAAUACACGUUUGCAGGUGAACGGUACACUUACCACCGACUAUGAAAUACAUGGUGUACGAGUAAUGAAACCUGUGAACAACCUUUUCGCCGAAAUCCUGACGAAACACAAGUGAAUAACUAAAGCGGACUACCAAAAGGAAUGCAACGCACAUCGUGUGCAACACCACAUUAGCACCACCGGUCCACCCAUUUGCGCCAGGGAGAGGAGAUUAACACCAAACAAGUUGCAGUCGGCUAAGAGAGAAUUCGAACACAUGAUACAACUUGGGAUCAUUAGACAAACUAACAGUCCUUUGGCCUUGUCAUUGUACAUGGCAUCAAAGAAAGAUCAAGACUGGUGUCCUUGUGGUGAUUAUCGCCGUUUGAAUAACCAAACCAUCCCUGACAGUUACCCUAUUCCACACAUACAUGAUUUUUCACCAAACUUACAUGGUAAAUGUAUUUUCUCGAAACUUGACCUUGUGCGUGCAUACCAUCAAAUUCCGAUUGCACCAGAAGACAUUGAAAAAACAACCAUCAUUACACCUUUUGGUCUGUUUGAGAUACUAAGAAUGCCAUUCGGACUAAAAUAUGCCGCCCAGACCUUCCAACGAUUUAUGGACGAUGUUACAAGAGGUUUAGAUUUCAUAUUCGCCUAUAUCGACGACGUUUUUGAUCGCCAGCUCAUCAAUAGAAGAGCAUGUCCAGCACCUACAGACCCUCUUCGAACGUUUUAAAAAACAUGGCGUCGUUAUCAACCCUUCUAAAUGUAUAUUCGGCGUCCCAGCCUUGGAGUUCUUAGGACAUUAAAUCGAUUCUCAAGGCAUUAAACCACUUCGAAAAAAGUCGGAGCUAUUAUCAAUUACCCUGAACCAACUUCUGUAAAAUUAUUACGCCGUUUCCUCGGAACGUGCAAUUUCUACCAUAUUGUGCAGAUGUAUUACAGCCUUUAACAGAUUUGCUGAAAAGUGAUAAAAAAGGUACGAAGAAAGAAAAGAAUCAAAUAUUCAAGCUACCUUCUGAUGCCAAAAUGGCAUUCGAAAAAGCGAAGUCCAUGAUCGCCAACGCCACUAUGCUACAACACUUAAAUACUGACCCCGCAACCCAUCUGACUCUGUGUACGGAUGCGUCACAAAAAGCCGUUGGGGCAGUAUUGCAACAGCAGGUAAACAACACGACUACUCCCGUAGCGUUCUUCUUCAAGAGACUGUCACCAACUCAAGAACGUUAUAGUACUUUCGGACGGCAGUUACUCGCCAUUUAUUUAGCCGUCAAACACUAAUUUCUUACUACAAAGGCGUACUUUCACCAUCAUGACCGGCCACAAACCUCUGUGUUAUUCAUUCAACACCUCGUACGAUCGACAUUCACCUCGCGAAGCACGACAAUUGGAUUACAUCUCUCAAUUUACAACAGAUAUCCAAUUUGUCAAAGGACAUACCAACGUCGUAGCCGAUGCACUAUCAAGAAAGGAUAUAAAUACGCUGGUACGUAAAUAAGAUGUCGAUCUUGAAGCAAUUGCAAAAUUACAAGUAGACGACGCAGACCUAAAAAGCUGCAAAGAAAAUUCUAACUUGAUCCUCAAACACGUACCCAUUCCUUUCUCUAACGCAUCUAUUAUUUGUGACGUUUCAACGGGCAGCAUUCGCCCAUUCGUCCCUCAAGCCUGCCGACGUCAAGUAUUUCGACAACUGCACGAACUUUCACAUCCAAGAAUCAGAGCCACCACUAAAUUGAUUACUGAGCGUUUCGUGUGGCCGGAGAUUAACUCAGAUAUAAAACGAUGGACCCGAAGCUGCAUACAAUGCCAACGCAGCAAAAUUCAGAAACACACAAUCAGUCCCGUCGGGAAGUUUCCUCUGCCAGAGAAACGCUUCCAAUACAUUCAUCUAGACAUAGUCGGUCCACUGCCACCAUCAAAUUCAUUCACGCAUAUCCUCACCGCAGUGGACCGGUUCACAAGAUGGGCUAUAGCAUGUCCUAUUACCGACACCUCUGCAGAGACAGUAGCCGCUGCAUUCCUUGAGCGUUGGAUAUCAAACUACGGAGCACCAUCCAUCGUCACUACAGACCGUGGUCCCCAGUUCCAGUCUAUCCUAUUUCAGGAAUUCACAAAACUUCUGGGUGUGAACCACAUCAAAACAACAGCCUAUCAUCCAGCAGCUAAUGGUCUGGUCGAAAGGUUUCACCGCCAAUUAAAAAGCUCGCUGAUGGCACAGGAUGAUACAUCAAAGUGGAGUGACGCAUUACCACUCGUACUGCUAGGAAUCCGUUCAACCAUAAAGCAAGAUAUAGGUUGCACAGCCGCUGAACUAGUUUAGGACACAACUCGUACGUUACCAGGCCAAUUAGUAGACCCAGACACAUCAGUACCAACUGAUCCAAGUCGUUUUGCUAGUCACCUACUACAAACAAUGCAAAGAAUUAAAGCAAUACCGCCGCGAGAAUAUAAUAAUCAAAUACAAUUCGACAAAAAACCUAGAAACAUGCAAAUUUAUCUUCGUUCGAGUUGACGCUGUUAAAAAGCCACUAAAACAACCUUACGAGGGACCACAUCAAGUAAUCAAAAGAACAAGUAAACACUUUAUAAUCAACAAGUGCGGAAAGAAGGAGACUAUCGCUAUUGAUAGAAUAAAGCCAGCCUUCUACGAAGCGCAACAAGACAAAGAAGAUAUCACUGCAAUUAAUUAACCCCUCCCACUAACCACUACUAGAGCAGAAGAGGAUGAAAAACCGAGUACCAAACCUACUUGCUUAACACGUUCAGGCAGGACUGUAAAGAAACUCAAACGUUAUGUCGAAUGAAAAAAUCAAAACAAACAGUUAUCGAUGUAUUACACUGUUAAAUUCACCCAAUUUCCCAAUAAAAUCUACUAUUUUUUUAAAACGUGUAUAUAAUUAAUUACAUUUUUCCACAAUUACCCGUUUUGUCAGUUUUUUUAAAAACAGAAAAAAUCUGUCACAAUAAUAAACGAGUGAAUUUUAGUUAAUUAUUUAUUAAUUGUAUAUAAAAAAUAAACAAUUCAAUUUUCAUAUGGGUUUAUUAACAGUUUUGCACAUUACUGUUAUAAUUAGCAAACCAAGACUUUGAAUGACUGUAUUUUCAAUCUCUUUUGCGGUUGUUAUGCUAUGCUACAUCAAUGCUAUUUCACACAAUAACACAUUAUAUAUUACUAAUGUGCAUGUCAUACUUAUCUCCACCUUUUCUUUUUGGUUAUUACUGUAAAUAUUAUUUUGCAUACAUGUAUAUGCCAUAUUCUUACAAUCUGUAAUUACUAUUAUUAUUAUUAUUAUUAUUAUUAUUAUUAUUAUUAUUAUUAUAGCCAGUGUUACCUCCGGACACUCUGGGAGGAGCUAUUUGGAGAUAGGCCUGAUAAGCUUAUUUUGUAAAUAGUUUUUGACGUUAUUUGUAUUUAUUCUGUCGAAUUUUAUACUGCAUGUACAUUUAUCAUUAGAUGGUGGCAACAUUUUAUGAGUGAUAUAGAGGUCUCACAGUAUAGUUGCGGUAGCUACGAAUAUCCGAUUGAUGUUAUCAACUUGGAUCAUCGGUCUCAGUGGCUUCGACAUGUUUUACGAAUGUCUCAAAAGGUUUCACGUCGCACAUUUUUUCAUUGCGGUGGUGAGAUUUAUAGAUAAUUGAGGUACUCAGUUCAUAAAAGGAUCGAAAGGUACGAAAAGAGCAUAUAAUACUUUUAUGCUUCGAUCGAUUAUAAUCACUUAAAAGAGGCUUUAAAAACCCCUCCAUCUACUGGUUUGAAACUAUUGAUAGCUUAAGUUCUCAAGACUAAAAUUACUAUCAGUACUUAAGAAUCACAAUUUUUUGACUGGAGUACGAAGGUAUUUAAACGAUUUAUUGAACACCUAAAAGUACAGCGAGUAGUAAAAACUAAGAGGAAAUUUUGUCUAGGGAGACACACCUAAUAUUCUCAUUCCUGAUAGCUGUUUUAAUUAAAUUGUGAUUGCUGCUUACUUAUUGAGGACAAUAGGACACCAAUUACCGGGUUGUUUUGUAAGUCAUUUGAUAUUAAUGUGAAAAUCAUGUUGCAGAGAGGAUUUUUGGAAGACCAUUCAGACUAGAGCUAUCGACUUAAAUUUUGAGCGAAAUUCACAACUCAGUGGAUGGCAAUUAAUGUUGUCAUCAGGAAUAACACAAAAAUUGUUUACAUUUAGUUUUCAAUGUGCUUAAUACCCAUUAAUCAGUAAUACUAUAAGUUAAUAGUACAUCUUGUGAUCUGAAGCUUGGCCAACGGUAAGCGUGGGUAAAUAUAAAAUUGCAUGGCUAAUAAAGUAUAUCGUAUCAGUAAAUUCUUACGUUAAUGACAAGAGUAACCCUCUAAUUUUAAGUAGUUAAUGUACAGUCUUCUAUCUCAACUCAAAACUAUGUAUAUAUCGACAAACCCCAAUUAGCUAAAGUUUGCGUUUUGUUGGAUAUCUUGUAGUGUUAAAAUAUGCAGCGACCAACUUUUAUGAACACAGUUAUAGAAAUAAAAUAUCUUCCCUGCGGUUUAGCUUAGUAACGCACAUUUACAAAAACUCCGGUCUAAACCUUUCUUAAUAUCGACUCAAUGGUCCAAUCCAGUACAUAAUACAUUGUGAAUUUUUGCGUGAUUUUCUGGCAUUAACGUGAAGGAACCUACUGACACUGCUAAGAUUUUGUGGCUGAAGUAGCGUUCCAUGCCGAGCAUAUACGUAUUGUGAAAAAGUAAGAUAUCAUGAUGUUCAUCUCACAAUGACCGACCUCCGAGAACUGCCUUCCGAUUCACCAACAUGGCCCUCCUGACUGAACAGCCGUGUUAAAACGAUUGAGGGGGAGAGUACUGUGUGGCCAAUGAAACGUCACUGGGUACUAGUCAAGUCAUCUAACCGUUGAGUCACUGAAUGCUUCUCCGAUCUUUCGCAAGGUCAAGAACAAG